AUGGACCAACACUCCCCCAGUGGAAUCCACUCGCCCUCGUCCAGCAGACAUAGGGGCAGCAGCACGACGCACGGCUGGGGUGAUGAGGCGGAGCGGUGCGUCAUGACAGCGGACAACAUGCUGGAGGAUCUGCCCGUGGAGCGGCACGAGCGCGGGCGCCAGGGAUGCUGCGAGAGAGUAGUUAUCAACAUCUCGGGUUUACGGUUUGAGACACAACUCAAAACUUUUAACCAGUUCCCAGACACGCUCCUUGGGGAUCCGAGGAAAAGGAUGCGAUACUUUGACCCGUUGCGGAAUGAGUACUUUUUUGACAGAAACAGACCAAGCUUUGAUGCCAUACUGUACUACUAUCAGUCUGGAGGGCGCAUCCGCAGACCCGUCAACGUGCCCAUUGAUAUAUUCUCCGAGGAAAUCAGGUUUUACCAACUUGGAGAAGAGGCCAUGGAAAAAUUCCGGGAGGACGAGGGCUUCAUAAAAGAGGAAGAGCGAAUACUCCCAAAGAAUGAAUUCCAAAAACAGGUUUGGCUCCUCUUCGAGUAUCCUGAGAGUUCAGGACCGGCCAGGGGCAUAGCCAUCGUGUCGGUGCUCGUCAUUCUGAUUUCUAUUGUAAUUUUCUGUAUGGAAACCCUGCCUGAGUUCAGGGACGAGAGGGAGCAAGCCACGGUGGCCCCAGUUAUAAAUGGCACGUCUACUUCGGGCCCCAAUCCAUUUACAGACCCUUUCUUUGUGAUUGAGACGCUCUGCAUUAUCUGGUUCUCUUUUGAACUACUGGUCAGGUUUUUCGCCUGCCCUAGUAAAACGACCUUCUCAAAAAACAUCAUGAAUAUCAUAGACAUUGUAGCCAUUUUCCCAUACUUUAUCACUCUUGGGACGGAACUUGCCGAGACGCAGACAAAUGGAGGGCAACAGGCGAUGUCGCUGGCCAUUCUGAGAGUUAUCAGACUAGUUAGAGUCUUUCGCAUUUUUAAACUCUCACGACACUCUAAAGGCCUGCAGAUUUUGGGGCAGACACUCAAAGCGAGCAUGAGGGAACUUGGCUUGCUCAUAUUCUUUCUUUUUAUUGGAGUUAUUUUAUUUUCCAGCGCUGUUUACUUUGCAGAAGCAGACGACCCAACAUCCAGCUUCACGAGCAUCCCGGACGCGUUUUGGUGGGCAGUGGUCACCAUGACUACUGUGGGAUACGGAGACAUGCACCCUGUGACUAUCGGGGGGAAAAUUGUGGGUUCUUUGUGCGCAAUAGCCGGCGUCCUGACCAUCGCCUUACCCGUGCCUGUAAUUGUGUCCAACUUCAACUACUUUUACCACCGAGAGACAGACGGAGAGGAGCAGCCGCAGUACAAGAACUCGACCAGCUGCGAGCAUCUCCCCCCCGAGGAGCUGAGGGGGUCGUGCAGCUCCUCGUCUCUCAGCAAAUCGGACUACAUGGUGAUAGAGGAGGGCACGUUCAAGCAGCCAAACUACAGCACAGAGAACACACAGAACUGCGUUAACAUCAAGAAGAUAUUCACAGACGUGUAA